CCCAGCCACUUGGUCCGUCGAUUCGUCUUCAUCUGUCGUACAGGCUUUCUGUAUAGCAAAAGCAACAACAAAUCACAUCAUGUCGUCGGUCAAGUUCGACGUCAAGGAGACGGUGGCCAGCGUGACUGGCUCGCAGGAUCUCGCCAAUGAGGCCGGCAUUGCUAUCGCCAAAGGCGCCAGUGCUGGUGGCUACCUCGCCUCCUACUUGGGCCAACUGCAAAGCAACCCUCUCCGUACCAAGAUGAUCACGUCUGGAUCUCUGUCUGGUGCCCAAGAAGUUCUCGCCUCGUGGAUCGCAAAGGACCGUAACAAGAAUGGUCACUACUUCACCUCGCGCGUGCCCAAGAUGGCUCUCUACGGUGCUUUUGUCAGCGCUCCCCUUGGUCACAUCCUCAUCAACAUCCUGCAGAAGGCCUUCGCUGGUCGAACCAGUGCAAAGGCCAAGAUCCUCCAGAUCCUCGCCAGCAAUCUGAUUGUUGCUCCCAUCCAGAACACCGUCUACCUCUCCGCCAUGGCCAUCAUCGCAGGUGCCCGCACCGGACACCAAGUCCGCGCUACCGUCCGUGCUGGUCUCCUCCCCGUCAUGAAGGUCAGCUGGUGCACUUCACCUCUCGCUCUGGCCUUUGCCCAGAAGUUCCUGCCCCAAGAGACCUGGGUGCCCUUCUUCAACAUCAUCGCCUUUGUCAUUGGCACAUACAUCAACGCCCACACCAAGAAGAAGCGUCUGGCCGCCCUGAGAAAGAUGCAAGACCGUGAUGCUAGAAGCACCGGUCGUCCUGGAGAUGACAGACGUCCCAACUUUUAGAUGACUUGGUCAAUUGACAUCUCUAUGGUCUCAUGUCGAAAGGGGAAAAGGUAUAGCAAAGAGAUGCUGCCACUCAAUGCUUUCUCCCCAUUACGUUUCUUUUCUUUGCGCACGAUUUACUUUGCAUAUAUCCAAUCAGCAGCUGUCCGAAUUCACUUUUGCUUUCAUUACCGUC